AUGGAUCUAUGGGCCGGAGGCCCACUAGACCCAUCGAGCCCAGUGUCGGUUGCCCUCGGCCACAAGAAAGAAAACACGCGGAAAUUACAGUUUUGCCACGGGAUCACUGGCCGGUCCACCACAGCCACGCACUCCUCGCCGCCGGCGCGCGCGCGCUCCACGAGCUUAGCCACCGCUGCCGCCAUGGCCGCCGCUUCCCCUGCCGCGAGGCCUCUCGCGGGCGCGUCCCUCCCGCUCCCCGUCUCCGCGAAGUUUGUCGCUCUCCCUCGGGCGUCGCCUCCUCCCGCCUGGCGGCUCCUCAGCCUCGGCCGGGGGGCGGAGGCGCGGGCUUCUGACUCGCCCGGCUCGCCGCGGGGCGCGCGGUCGGUGCGGUGCCUCGCGGCGGCGGGAGGUGGGCUGGCGCCGGAGAUGCGGGCGACGCUGGACAAGGUGGUGGCAUCGCACAAGGUGGUGCUGUUCAUGAAGGGGACGAAGGAUUUUCCCCAGUGCGGCUUCUCCCACACCGUGGUGCAGAUCCUCCGGUCUCUCGACGUGCCCUUCGAGACGCUCGACGUGCUCGCCAACGAGGCUCUCCGGCAGGGGCUCAAGGAGUACUCCAGCUGGCCCACCUUCCCGCAGCUCUACAUCGACGGCGAGUUCUUCGGCGGAUGCGACAUCACCGUUGAAGCAUACAAGAAUGGAGAACUGCAGGAAACACUAGAGAAAGCAAUGUGUUCUUAGUAAACAUUGAUAGUUGAAACAACCAUAGAGUACAUGUAAAUGUUAUGGCCCUUCACGAUGUGGUCUUUAGCCAUGACAGAGCUGGGAUGCUAAGAUUGUAAACACUCCAAUUCAUCAAGAAAUGAGGUCCAAACGUCCAAUGUACUCUUCAAUAUAAUAAAUUGUGUAAUUUCUAGUCGACUCAUACAUUUUGAGGACAAAUACUUCCUUUUGCAA